UGCGUCACUCGCACCCCGGGCUGCAUGGAAACCCGAGUCGGAGAGACGGAGCGAGCAGACGGGGAGCGCGCGCGCGCGCGCGAGACAGAAGCGCACCUCCGCCGGGCAUGAAGUCCCCUUCGCCGCUCCGACGUCUCCCGCGCUUCUCCUAACGAGAAAUUUUCUCUCUUCCCCCUUAUUUUCCCUAAAUGAAAACACUGUUCUCGAGCUCUUUCUUCUUCUUCUUCUUCUUCUUCUUCUUGCUCCUCUUGCCCGCUCGCGCGCUCUAGACCGCGCGGGAUAUACCGAGAGCGCGCUGGCGGCUCGCUGGAUGCAGCAGCAGGACGCCCCCCUGCGGAGGAGCCCGCUCGCGCUGCGCCUCUUCACGAGCCACGGCGCCGGAAUGAAGUCCGCCGAGGAAGAUGCGUACAACUACAGCCCGAACGCCGGUUUAUCAGCUCUAUCGAAUAUAUCGCUCCCGUUGAGCAUGGGCACCGCUUGCCUGCCUGCUCAGUACCACAGCCUGCAGUCCGGCCCCAUCAUCUCCGCAUCCUCCGUCCAUCACAGCGGCUAUGGCGUCCACGAGGACAACGGGGCUGCGAGCUACUACGUGUCGCCCGGCAUACGUCCCAAUGGCGCGCCCGCGCUGGAGAGCCCUCGCAUCGAGAUCACGGCCUACGGGCAGUUCCCCGAGGAUGACAUGGAGGAGAGCAGCGUGCCCGUGUCCAAGCAGGUCAACUCCAUCGUGACGCUGACGCUGCCCAGCGCCGACGGCUACCGGGACCACAGCUGCCUGAGCCCGGCGAGCAGCCUGUCUUCACGCAGCUGCCACUCGGAGGCGUCCUCCUAUGAGUCGGGCAUCUCCUAUACCUAUGACAACUCGCCGCAGAACUCGCCCUGGCAGUCGCCUUGCGUCUCCCCCAAGGGCUCCUCCUCGGUGCACUCGUGCACCCACCUGGGCUCGCCGCACGCCUCCCCCAGCACGUCCCCCCGCGCCAGCGUCAUCGACGACGGCUGGAUGGGCUCGCGCGGCUCGCGCCCCGCCUCGCCCUGCGGCGGCAAGAGGAAGUACAGCUUCAGCGAGGCCCCCUGCAGGCACCAGGCGUACUCCCCGAACCGCUCGCCCACGCCCUCCCCGCAGACGUCGCCCCGCAUCAGCAUCGCGGAUGACGCGUGGCUGCCCAGCACCAACCAGUACACCAACUCGGCCAUCGUGGCCGCCAUCAACGCCCUCAGCACGGACGGGGUGGUGGACCUCACCGAGCCCGUUCCCGUGAAGUCGCGCCGGACGAGCCAGGAGCACGGCACCGGCUUGGCCCUCAAGGUGGAGCCCGGAGAGGAGGACCUGAACCCGGGAGAUGCUGCUCAGGACGACUACUCCGGCCCUCGCGGUCCCUUCAAGAAGGAGAGCUACUGCGGCGGCUUCCUGGAUGUUCCCCAGCACCCGUACUCCUGGCCCAAGCCGAAGCCGUUCAUCAGCAGCCUGCCCUUGCCAGCCCUCGACUGGCAGCUGCCCUCCUGCUCGGGACCCUACAGCCUGCAGAUUGAGGUGCAGCCCAAGUCCCACCAUCGCGCUCACUACGAGACCGAGGGGAGCAGAGGAGCAGUGAAGGCAUCGGCUGGGGGACACCCUGUGGUUCAGCUCCAUGGGUACGUGGAGAGCGAGCCGCUCACCCUGCAACUGUUCAUCGGCACGGCUGACGACCGCCUUCUCCGGCCACACGCCUUCUACCAGGUGCACCGCAUCACGGGCAAGACUGUGUCAACCGCCAGCCAUGAGCUCAUGCAGUCCAACACCAAAGUGCUCGAGAUCCCCCUACUGCCGGAGAACAACAUGCGGGCUGUAAUCGACUGCGCCGGGAUCCUGAAGCUGCGCAACUCGGACAUCGAGCUGAGGAAGGGCGAGACGGACAUCGGGCGCAAGAACACGCGCGUGAGGAUGGUGUUCCGCGUGCACAUGAACCAGCCCAACGGGAGGACGGUGUCGCUGCAGGUCGCCUCCAACCCCAUCGAGUGCUCCCAACGAUCGGCCCAGGAGCUGCCGCUCGUCGAGAAGCAGAGCGUGGACAGCUAUCCGGUCACCGGAGGCAAGAAGAUGCUCCUGAGCGGACACAACUUCCUGCCCGACUCCAAGGUGGUUUUUGUGGAAAAGGCCCAAGAUGGUCACCACAUAUGGGAGGCUGAAGCCAAAGUUCACAAGGACUCCAUGAAGUCGACGAUGUUGCUUUUGGAAAUCCCUCCCUAUCGCAACCUGAGGGUAUCCACCCCCGUGCAGGUGAGCUACUACGUCUGCAACGGCAAGCGGAAGAGGAGCCAAUAUCAGCGCUUCACGUACCUGCCAGCCAACGUUCCGAUCAUAAAAACUGAACCGAACGAUGACUACGAGCCCCUGUCUGGGCAAGGGGAGCCCGCGCUCGGGAUGCAUUCGAAGGCCUACUUUGGCCCUCAGGCGCCGACAUCCGUGGCGCAGCCCGACACCAGGGCCUGCCUGGGGGGAUACUCGCCCUGCCAGCCGAGGCAGCCCGCCGUGCCCUCUCCCUCCCCCAACUCCAGCCCCAAGUUACACGACCUGUCGCUCGCAGCCUAUCCAAAGUGCCUUUCCACUAGCCUGUCCCAGCAUCCUGUGCUGCAGCCCUCUGCCCAGGCCGUGCCCAGCAUCCAGGAGACGCCCGGUGUUUCUCCGAGCCACUCGCCCCUGGCGGUGCUCCAGUCCCCGGUCGGCUCGCACCCAUACCAGCGGGCCGGCCUUUACCCCAACAGCAGUCCCUGCUCCUCCCCCACAUCCCAUCCGUCGACCCCCAGCGGAUCACAUGAGGCCCCGUUUCCCCUGGCGUACAGCCCUCCUCCCCCGCCGCCCGUCAACUCCGGCUCCCCUGCGGCUGCACAGCUGCUGAAAGCGCCCCCCAGGGGCAGCCCUCCGGCCCUGCUGCAGGAGACCAGCCGGCCGCCCGUCCUGCCGGUCAACGUGAAGCAGGAGCCCCAGGAGCUGGACCAGAUGUACUUAGAUGACGUUAAUGAAAUCAUAAAGAAUGAUCUCUCCAGCAUCUCGGUCCACAGUCACGCGUAGUUGUGUGGAAACGCCCGCCGAAGAAGACACACACAGGAAGGCCUUAAAGGAUAAAAAAAAGAAAUCUCUCCAAAAUCGCAAGCAUUAAGAAUUUUUUGACAUCGAAAUCAAUAGAAACCAUUGUCAUCGAACCCAUGACAAUCAAGGCUCGUCUUUUAUAUAAGAGACUGAAUGUCCAGUUUGAGGCCUUACCUCUGUGAAAGAAAUGGUCACGUGCUGUAAAACAGAAUGCUAUUCUGAGGACCAAAAUAUUAUUUCAUUUUAUACGUUUUAUUUCUUUCAAAUUAAUUUGAUGUAUAAUUAGUUUUCCUAACUUGUAAGGGUUCUGGAUGGUACAUUUCGGCAGCGGUUCUUCCAAGAGUCAUCCAAAGACGUGCCUUAGACCAUCACCAACUCAACACAGAACCAUCUUUUAUUUCUAUCAGCCAAGACAGUUUUUUUUUUUUUUAAAUAUAUAUAGUAACAUUAUAUUUCAGAAUGUUUACAUAAAAAUAACAAAAAGCUGGAAAGAAAAUGCAAGGGAUUUUACUUCUUUUGCCUUUACUGUUCUGUCCUACAGUUGGGUUUACAAACGUGUUGGCGGUCAUCUGUUCAAAGUGUACCAAAGCUUAUUCCCUGGUAUGUGCACAACAGUUCCUGCUCAAUUGCUCCACACACUAAUGUGUUGAGCCAGCGGACGCAAGAGGUCGGUCGCCCAGCAUCCCGCAUAAGCUCUCCCCAAGCAUGAACCCGAGCUCUGGAACACGUUCGCGCCUUGAAGCCAACCAUAUAUAUUUGUUAUUGCCACGGCCGAUGAAGUGAGUCAGCGAGUGAGCGGCAGCAGGAGGAACUCCAGCUCUCUGUCCCGACAGCUCUGCAAGAGUCAGGGUGACAUGGAGAAUUCCUCCUUGUUGGCCAAGGGUUAGAGAGAGAGACACUCUGAAGGACUUCCCCUAGACCAGGGUGUAAAAUUCACAAACUACCAGUGAAUAUGCCGCUCGCUUACUAGGUAGUUCAUAGGUUUUCAUCUUGAAUUAGUCUGUAUACAUUGACGCUUCAACUGGGCUCUUGAAAACAUUGUAAUAAGAAAAAAAAAAAAUCUCAACUUGAGCCUGGAAACCCUCAAAGAUCACUUUCUUAUGCAAACAUGUAAAUAGGUGUCUACUUUUAUGAUUCUCAUCUGUAAUGGUUUUUAACAUUUGUUUGUAGGAGGGACAAGUUUGACAGACUAUAACUUUGGGAAACUAUUGUUCUAGACAAUUUUGGCAGUUUUAAACAAUUACAAGUAAGUAGCUACAUAUGCCUUUGAAACAAUGUAUGCACUUUAGAAGCUGAUGGCAACUGGCUCGUUUUCUGAUCAAUACGUUUUGUCAAAGAACCCAAAGACAAGUUGACAAAAGUUAACAGAAUUUUUUUUCUUCUUGUAGAAGAUCGAUGAUCUUCAGCAUUUUCUAGAACUGUAAAUGUGUAUCUUCCUGCAGCAUGUAACUUUUUUUUUUUAGCUUACUAUACUGUUAAAUGGCUAAAUAUAUACCACAAAAUUAUACUAUAACCUCAGUGAAUACAUGAGCUACAGUUAGUUAUAGACAGUAUUGUGCCUUAACCCUAUUUUUUUGUAUCCAGUCAUGAUUGUCACUAACUUUGCUUUCCCAGGCACAAGAUGAAAUGCAUCUCAUAAAUAUUUAUGGGAAUUCAAGUCUUUCAUGCGUACACAUCUACAACACAAACACAUAGAAACCUGUCUAAGCCAUAUUGUCAAUAUUUGCACUUGAUUGAAAACACAAAUAUAAUAUGGCUUUAAGUGCAUAUUAACAUGUAGCAAAGCAACCAUAUAUGUAGUUUCAAGAAGCCUCAUCUGUAUAUUGCUCUUUGCUGCAUUAUCAAUAAACUAGUUUUGACUCCUGUAUAGUUUUUGUGCAAGUGACUGGCUGAAAAUAUUUUUCCAAAUCCCAGGUUAUCCAAAUUUCAUCCCAGGUGAUAAAACCAAACACUUUAAUUUGCAUAUAAAAUAGACCUGUUAAUAUUUUAAAAUGUAAUGUAUUGUGCAUAACUCUAUCGUGUUUUUCCUUAAGUUCCAUUCUUUUGUUGAAGACCAGCAUAUUUCAGAACUCACUUCAAUAUUUUGUACUAAUGCAUUAUGUAAUGCUUUGGAAAAAAAUUGCUCGACCCUCAGUAGGAAAUAAACAGCAAGGUUAAUAUGUCGCUUCAUGAAUCUCUUUAUCAUGUCGAGAUUUCUCUUGCCAAGGCUUCAGUGAAUUAUUGUUAAGCGAGAGCUUGGUGCUUAUGUAUGUUUUUUUUUUUUUUUAAAUAUCCUGCAUCUCAGUAUAAUUUAUGUUGCCUGUUUAACUGUAUCAUGUUUACCAUGCUUUCUACUGUUCUGAAAUGGGUUUAAUAAAUGUCCAGCAGUAUUUGGCUGUGGGAGCAGGACUGAGGGGAGGCAUUCGUUGGCGGCUGGGGCGGGGGGCGCUCUGCCCUGGGACUCUACACCACGCUCUUGUGUCCCAUCUGCCACUUCUGCACUCUUUCUCCCCCCCCCCCCCCCCAC